AUGGAGACGCGAAGCCGUGUUCGACGUCGACUGAGUUCACAGACAAAUGGAAUUCCUUCCACGUACAGAAAUCGGACAAAGUCAACGAGUCACAAGGUCCUCUGCAUCCUGCACUACUUCAGUCGCGUUCUGUCGGAUGAUCCGCCUUGCGGCACAGUGACGUUCAGCCGACGCUGCCUCGACGAGCCGCCUGAUUUCGCCGCGAGCACCGCAACAUUCAACUCCAUCGCCUUCGGCACCAGCACCACCUGUCUCAUUGAGGACGCACAUCCUGACACAAUCCAGGUCAAUUUUGCCGAUCGUUUUCUCGGUGGCAGAGUGCUUGAAGGUGGGUGCGUUCAGGAGGAGAUUCUUUGCCGCAUUCGACCCGAGAUCAUCGUUGGACGGCUUUUUGUGGAGGCCCUGGAACCCCACGAGGCUCUCAUCAUUGAAGGUGCAGAGCGGUUCUCGCGCCAUACUGGCUACGGCAGCUCGUUCCAAUGGAUUGGGGAUUUUGACGAGGUCAGAGACGCAGGGAACAUUCGGUAA